AUGGAUGCCAAUCUAUUUCGUAGCAAAUUUAAGGAGCAAACAGAUUGGAGAAGAGUAGCUGAAUGUACUAAUGUAAAAGAUAAACUUAAGAACGGAGGAACACCAGUGCAUGAACAUUCGUCAAAUGGAUCCGAUAAUAAAUUCACCAAUGAUACUUCGUCAAAUAAAUUCGCUAAUAAAUCCAGUAAUGAUGAUUCGUCAAAUGGCUUCGAUAAUAAAUCCAUCGAUGAUGCUUCGUCAAAUGAAUCCGCUAAUAAAUCCAGCAAUGAUGAUUCGUCAAAUGGCUUCGAUAAUAAAUCCACCGAUGAUGCUUCGUCAAAUGAAUCCGCUAAUAAAUCCAGCAAUGAUGAUUCGUCAAAUGGCUUCGAUAAUAGAUCCACCAAUGAUUCUGAGAAGUCGUUCCAAACAACGAAACUUUCCGAUGAAGUGAGUAAUGACAACGCAAAAUCUGAUCGUGAGGAUUUUGUUGCAGAAUUUCAUUCAAAAUUUUCGAGAAUAGUCGACAGAGAGGAAGAAGAUAACUUUAUUACAAAGCUUUAUCGAAACAAGAUGAGCAUUAUCCCUUGGCCAGUUUUCAAUGAAACAUCCUUUUAUACAACUUUCAAACAACUAAAAUUAGACGAGCAAGAUUCUAAAUAUAAAAAUGCAAAAUCAUUUGUGGAGAAAAUAAAGGGACGGGAUGAUGGAAAUUCAAUACCUGAUCCUGAAAUAGCUUUAUCAGAUAUUUUUGAAGACACUGACGAACCAAUAAAAUUAAUGCAUGAUACUGGACUAGUUUUGUUAAAAGAUGAACUAAGAAAUUUCUUUGAAGCAAAUAUACAAAAUCGUGACCAAUCCUCGGAUUCUCAAUGGUUUGAUCGUCUAGCGAUAUUUUGCGAGUUUAUCGUUGAUCGACAGGAAGAUGCGACACACGAUUGCUUGACAGAUCAUCAAUGCCAUUCAGUUUGCCAAUUUCAAGAAAUGCAUGUUGAUGAUGAAAUUAUGCCAAAUGUUCAAAAUUUGGUGGACAUGAAGGACGUCACGCUUGUUCGGCAAAUCAUUCAUGUGGAGCGCCUCGCAUAUAUAGUGGGAAAAGAAAUUGUCAAUCAAAAUGCACAAAGGAUAUUGGUCAUGAAACUAUGA